CAUCGUUACCCAUCCAUUCACUAUGGCCACAGACCACCAGAACCCUGCAUCUAAGCAGCAGCAGCCUGGGACCAGUGCUUUCAAGCUUAUCAUCUAUGAGCAGGAAAACUUCCAGGGACGUUGCCAUGAGCUGACUGGUCCCUGCAACAACCUCCAGGAAGCAGGCGUGGAGAAAGUGGGCUCCAUACUGGUGCUGUGUGGACCAUGGGUGGGAUAUGAGCAGGCUAACUGUAAGGGGGAGCAGUAUGUGUUUGAGAAGGGGGAGUAUCCUCGCUGGGAUUCCUGGACCAACAGCAGGCGCAGUGACACCAUCUUUGCAUUCCGCCCCAUUAAAGUGGACAGCCAGGAGCACAAGAUUGUCCUUUAUGAAAACCCAAGCUUUGCGGGGAAGAAGAUCGAGAUCAUAGAUGAUGAUGUUCCUAGUUUCCAUGCACACGGCUACCAGGAAAAGGUCUCCUCUGUGAGAGUUCACAGUGGCACCUGGGUGGGUUAUCAGUAUCCAGGCUACAGAGGCUAUCAGUACCUGUUUGAAAAGGGAGAAUACAAGGAAAUCUCUGAGUUUGGAGCCCAACUUCCUCAGAUCCAGUCAGUUCGGCGUAUCAGAGACAUGCAGUGGCAUCAGAGGGGUGCAUUUCACCCCACCGCCUGAGCUUAUUAUUAAUUUAUGUAAUGACUAAUGAUCUCUGCAACCUUGCUCCUUUCCAAACGCCAUUUCCAUCACCUUUAAAUUGCAAUUCGAACUAUUGCAGUUGUUGCAGUAGAGGCAUAAUUUGAAGCAAACUAAUA